AUGGGAGACAAAUAUUCGAUCAUCCUCCCCACAUACAACGAGCGCAAAAACUUGCCCAUCCUCGUGUAUCUCUUGGACAAAACCUUCCGCGAGGCCAAAAUCGACUGGGAGGUUGUUAUUGUCGAUGACGCUUCCCCGGACGGAACGCAAGAGAUUGCCCGCAAGUUGAUCGACGUCUUCGGCGCAGACCACAUUCAAUUGAGACCAAGAGCUGGCAAGUUGGGUUUGGGUACUGCUUACGUGCACGGUUUGCAGUUUGUCACCGGAAACUACGUGAUCAUCAUGGAUGCCGAUUUCUCGCACCACCCCGAGGCCAUUCCUGAGUUCAUUGCUCUUCAGAAGAAGCACAACUACGACAUUGUUACUGGUACCCGUUACGCUGGCAACGGUGGAGUCUAUGGCUGGGACUUGAAGAGAAAGCUUGUGUCGCGAGGCGCCAACUUCCUUGCCUCGACUGUUUUGAGACCCAAUGUGAGCGACUUGACUGGCUCGUUCCGUUUGUACAAGAAGGACGUUUUGGCCAAGAUCAUCAGCGAGACCAAGUCGAAGGGUUACGUGUUCCAGAUGGAGAUGAUGGUGCGUGCCAGAGCCUUGGGCUUCACUGUGGGCGAGGUUCCAAUCAACUUUGUGGACAGAUUGUAUGGUGAGAGUAAGUUGGGAGGAGAUGAGAUUUUCCAGUACUUGAAGGGUGUCUUGUCUUUGUUUGUCAGUGUCUAA